AUGUCGACCACAGUUGAGAAGAUCAAACAAAUCGAGGACGAGAUGGCUCGGACUCAAAAAAACAAAAACACAUCCUUCCACUUGGGACAGUUGAAGGCUAAGCUUGCGAAGCUAAAGAGAGAGCUCUUGACCCCGUCUGGUGGUGGUGGAGGCGGUGGUGCUGGUUUCGAUGUUGCCCGUACUGGUGUUGCUAGUGUUGGGUUCAUCGGUUUUCCUUCAGUCGGAAAGAGUACCUUGAUGAGCAAAUUGACAGGCCAGCACUCAGAAGCUGCCGCAUAUGAGUUCACAACCUUGACGACGGUACCUGGACAGGUCAUGUACAACGGUGCUAAGAUCCAGAUUCUUGAUCUUCCUGGUAUCAUUCAGGGUGCCAAAGAUGGUAAGGGUCGUGGUCGGCAGGUUAUUGCCGUGGCCAAGACUUGCCAUCUUAUCUUCAUUGUUUUGGAUGUCAACAAGCCGCUGGUCGACAAGAAGGUUAUCGAAAACGAAUUGGAGGGCUUCGGUAUUCGAAUCAACAAGCAGCCCCCCAACAUUCUCUUCAAGAAGAAGGACAAGGGUGGUAUUGCGGUUACCAGCACCGUUCCCUUGACACACAUUGACAAUGAUGAAAUCAAAGCCGUCAUGAACGAAUACAAGAUCUCUUCGGCGGAUAUUUCCAUCCGAUGCGACGCGACGGUCGACGAUAUCAUCGAUGUUCUCGAAGCCAAGAGUCGAGCCUAUAUCCCCGUUAUCUAUGCCCUCAACAAGAUUGAUUCUAUCUCGAUUCAAGAACUGGACUUGCUGUAUCGGAUUCCCAACGCCUGCCCCAUCAGUUCCGAACAUGGCUGGAACAUCGACGAAUUACUGGAGACCAUGUGGGAGAAGCUCAACCUCCGCCGAAUUUACACCAAACCCAAGGGCAAGGCCCCCGAUUACACUGCUCCCGUUGUGCUUAAGGCAGGCGCAUCCACGGUCGAAGAUUUCGUAUGGCCCUCCUCCCAUUGUUCAUUAUUUUAUGUUGGCCGUGUCUUUGCUAAUCCCGAACCAGUGUAA